UCCCAGAAGCCCCUGAGCGACUGAUGACCGACUCUAUUAACGAGACCAUCCUGCUGUGUCGCUUCCCAGCCGAGAUCAAAUCCUUCUACAUGCAGCGCUGCGCUGAGGACCGCCGCCUCACCGAAUCGGUGGAUGUGCUGAUGCCUAACGUGGGUGAGAUCGUGGGAGGCUCCAUGCGUAUCUGGGACGCUGAGGAGCUGCUGGAGGGGUAUAAGAGAGAGGGAAUCGACCCCACACCCUACUACUGGUACACCGACCAGAGGAAGUUUGGCACAUGUCCUCACGGCGGAUACGGUCUGGGUCUGGAGCGAUUCCUCACCUGGCUGCUGAACCGCCAUCACAUCCGUGACGUCUGCCUGUACCCACGCUUCAUUCAGCGCUGCCGGCCUUAAACACACACACACACACUCACUCUCUCUCUCUCUCACACACACACACACACACACUCACUCUC